GUUCCCUCCGCCUCUUUAUCCAGCUUGGCCAGCUGCGUAUCGAGCGUGGAGUUGAGCUGCGCGACGGUAAGUCUGAUUUGAUGUCUCGCCACUUCCCUAAACUACCGUCGACAUCUACAAACAGCUCACUGACAGGACGCUCCUCGAUCUUGCGCAAUGCCUUCGCGCUUUGUGCCUUCAGCUCGAAUCCAGCGUAUCCAUGCUCUCUGCCUCCACAGCCGAUUUCGACAGGCUGUCCAAGGUGCUGGCGUCCAAGAGACAUUUCGAUCUCGUUUCAGAGGCGGACAUUAGGAGCGCAAGGAAUCAUCUGAGCGCCGAGAUCGCUCCUCAGCUACGAGAGCUCAUACCGAUGGCCGAGCAGGCUGUGCAGAGGGAAGAGAGGAUUGUGAAAGCUUUGCGAACCAAGCACGCGCAAGUCACAGCCAGACACGCCCAAUUGGCAGCUCUUCACGCGCCCGCUCAGCUUCGUAAAGGAACGAGCGGUGUGGCAAGUCACUUGAUAGCAGAGGUGGAAGCCAAGGAGAAGCGCGUACUGGCUUUGCAGAACAAGAAGCUGGAGCUGAGCAGAAAGGUGGAGCAGCUCGAGAGAGAGGUGGAGAAAGAGGUGAGCUGCUCAGAGGUUCUUGCGCAUGCUUUGGUCUGCAGGAUCGCGCCUCGUUCUUGCACUCAUGAUCAUGCUUGUACGCCGUCCACACUUACCCAGGAGCUUGAGGCCGCCCUUCACGCACCCAUGUCUGACCUUUGAUCUGUGGGGACUGUUUGUGUCGCAAGAAAUUGUUGUACUAUUACC